AUGGCGUCCGCGAGCGCGCGCGAGGUGACGCCGUUACCAAAGUAUAAGCUCGUGUUCCUGGGCGAUCAAUCGGUGGGGAAGACGUCCAUCAUCUCGCGAUUCAUGUACGAUAAGUUUGAUAACUCGUACCAGGCGACGAUCGGGAUCGAUUUCUUGAGCAAGACGAUGUACCUGGAGGAUCGAACGGUGCGGUUGCAGUUGUGGGACACCGCGGGACAGGAGCGGUUUCGAUCGUUGAUACCGUCGUACAUUCGGGAUAGCUCGGUGGCGGUGAUCGUGUACGACGUGAGCUCGCGCGCGAGCUUUGAGAAUAGCGCGAAGUGGGUCGCGCAGGUGAAGGCGGAGAGAGGCGGCGACGUGAUAAUCGCCCUGGUGGGGAAUAAGAUGGAUCUGGACGGACGAGAGGUGAGCGUGCAGGAGGGGGAGCAGAAGGCAAAGGACGAGGGGGUGAUGUUCAUCGAGACGAGCGCCAAGGCUGGGUUUAACGUCAAGGUUUUGUUUCGUAAAAUCGCCGCGGCGCUGCCAGGGUUGGAGACGCCGAGACGCGCGGAGGGCGAGGAUUUAGUCGAAGUCAAGCUCACGGGACAGCCCGCGGAGUCGAAAUCAUCGUGUUGUUGA